AUGAAGGAUAUGGGAGAACCGUUAACGUUUCUGGAAAAUCCAAAAGAUUGGUCGGACAUGAUGCAUAUUCCUGAGGGCGUCCCAUUCAUGACCACAAAAAUGAUUCAAAAAGCUUGUAUUGAGGUUGACGAAAAAGGCACAGAGGCUGCAGCCGUUACUGUUUUAAUGAUGGCCCCUGGAGCCGCAAUGCACAUGCCCCCGCCAGAAACUGCAAGUUUCGUUGCUGAUCAUCCUUUUAUGUUCAUGAUCAAGGAAGAGCCAUCGGGUUCAGUUUUUUUCACUGGAGCAGUAGUUAAUCCAAGGUCUAGUGAUUAG